UAUGAACCUUCACCGGGCAACCCGCUCCCGCCUUCCCUGCUCAUAAGGUUAGACAUAUCUUCGCUGCCAUACAGUGUGGUCAUAUCUCCAUGGCCAAGAUGGUCCGUUCUUCCGUGCAGAUCCUGUGGCAAACAGCUCGGCCAAACUGGGUCAACGCGUCACCAUCUACGUUGAUCCGGUGCGCCGCCUGCAGGUACAUAUCCUCCUCCGCCACAUCGUCUUUGUCAACGACCACUUCCUUGGGAGCAGGCACAUCGCAGGAGCGGCAACCGCUGUAUGAGGGACACAUACAUUUGUCACCCGUACAAAGGGCAUUCAUGGCCGUAGGGUCAGCGCUCGCUUCGUUUCACAAGCCCGCGCGAGCCGACAUGAUCGCUGUCCUCUCCGAAGUCAGCGGCCAGGCAUUCUUACCAAAACUCAGGGAUCAGAUGCUGCAGUCGGACGAAGGGCGCCGUCUUCUCAUCCAAAGGCCAGCCAUCAAUUCGGAGACGGUCGAUAUGAACUACCUCAGAAGCUUGAAGGAAGGCACAUUUGGGAAGGCGUACGUCGAUUGGCUAGACUGGUGCGCCGUGUCACCGGACACUCGUGAACCGGUGCGCUAUAUCGAUGACACGGAGCUUCGAUAUGUCAUGCAGCGGUACCGUGAAUCGCACGACUUUUAUCACCUACUCUGCCGUAUGCCGGUGUCACAGAUGGGCGAGACGGUCGUCAAGUACUUUGAGGCCGCGCAUUUCGGCUUGCCCGUCGCAUAUUUGUCUUCUAUCGCUGGUCCAACGCGGCUCUCCAUACAGGAGCUCAGCCUCUUGCCGCGACUCGUCAGCUGGGCGACGAACUUGGGCAGGACAGCCAGACCGCUGAUCGGUGUAUAUUGGGAAGAGAAGUGGGAAUUACCUUUUGAUCAGGUCAGGAAGGAUCUCGGCAUGACAGAACCUCCCACCACCUUGCCAUACGAGCCGCGUCGAGGCAAGUCACGCAAGCCGGCUUGGCCGACUCGAAUCGUCGAGGCGCAAACGUCGAGCAGAUCUUGAACAGCGCAAGGAAUGUGACAAUAUUAAAAUGACCUGUAUUCUACCCACACAUUCGCAUGUAUCACGAC